AUGUACCCUACGGGGAAGACGGGUCGUAGCCGGCCGCCGACAGCUGCCCCAGCAGGCGCCUCCACAGGUCGAACUGCCACCGUGUCAAGCAAGCCACCACGACGCAACCGAAGCGACACUGAGGCCGACCUGUUGAACUUCGAUGAACCGGAGACCACCAAGCGUCCCGCCCGGCCAAAGAAAUCGUCUGUCCCUCCCUCUGCAGCAGCAACGGAGGACUUGUUGGACCUUGGCUCGAGCAAGCCGCCGAUGCCGCGCAGCGCAUCGAGCAACGCGAUGGAAGGUGAUUUGCUUGGCGAUUUUGCGAGUAUGUCGUCGACUAGGCCGGCGAAGAGCCGCUCAACGAACGCCUCCCGGUCGCGCCCCGCUGCUCCUACAAUGUCAGCCUCUUCAUCUGAUCCUACUAUGGCUGGCUUAUCAGCCGGGCGGUCAUCUGCGCCCACCGCGCCAUCGGCAUCGGGACAAAACCUCGAGCGAGAGCAACUCCGGAGGAAGCAUGAAGCUGAAAUCAAAGCCCGCGCAGACGAAAAGCUUGCCGUCGUACGCCAGCGGGAGAGGGCUGGAGAAAAAGAACGGGAGCAGAAAGACAACGCCCGUGGCAUGGCAGAAGCCAAGGUGAACCAGUGGAUGGGCAACGGCGCCCGUCGCGGCAACCUUCGCGCGUUGCUAGCGUCACUGGACACGGUGCUGUAUCCAGGCGCGACGUGGACGGCUGUGAAUAUGACGAUACUAAAGGCAAACCCAAAAGUCAAAAUCAACUACCACAAAGCGAUUUUACAAGUGCACCCUGACAAGAUUGGAUCGAAGAACCUUCCACCAGACCAGCAGGUACUCGCGGAGCUUAUAUUCGACGAACUAAAAAAUGCGUACGAGGUCUGGACGGCCGAACAAGAAGGACGGCCUCCUCCAGCGGGCUCGGUAGGACCGAAGCGAGGUCCCGGGGCAGGCAACAGUGGGCCUGGUUUUGGGAACAUGGGCGGAAUGGGAAGAUCUGGAAUGUACAAUAACAUGGGAAGUAUGGGGAGGGGAGGUAUGGGGAUGGGAAUGGGCGGGAUGGGCGGGAUGGGAGGUAUGGGAAAUAUGGGCCGAGGCAUGGCAAGAGGUGGCAUGCGAGGCAUGGGCGGAAUGGGAAAUAUGGGACGAGGCAUGGCGAGAGGUAGCAUGGGAGGAAUGGGGGGGAUGUACGGCGGAACGGGAAGGCGGGGCACAGGAAUGGGGAACAUGCCUCAAGGGUUUGGUACCGCUGGCCACAGUCAACAGCGUAGAUGAUUUGUAAAUGAAAGAUGUUACAGAACUGACCCUUCACAGUCGUGCUUAACAACGUUCGAAAGUAGUCUACACCGUCUGAGACGGUCUGAUGUAGUACAGUAUGGGGACUAGCUGUUCCCGCGAUACGACAAUUCGCCCGCCACCUCAUACGCGGUUCGCUCGAAGGAACUUUCGCAAAACUUUGCUCAUAGCAGUGAAGUAGGCAUCCUCCUAACAAAUCGUAAAUAGUAAAACAAUUGUUAGUA